AGUGUCAUGCAACAGAGCAUGCAUAGCAGUUCACUUCCCGCCAGAAUUUUCAUAGCGCCACUUGUAUACCUAUCUAUCAAAGUAUCAAACCAUUCGUCGGACGCCGGCCGGUUAAUUGUCCUUAUAAAAGUUGCAAAACUAAAUGUACGCAAUUAAAAUUGUACUCAAAUUGCACUUUACAUAUCAGUACCAUGGCAGAAAAUGGACUGUAUAGUUUGUUGCUUCGUAUUGGUUAUGAGGAGUACACAUCGUUGUUUGAGGCGAAAGAUAUAACGGUGGAUACUUUGAAAAGUAUAUCUUUUACUGAUGCCAAAAACAUUCUUCCAUCUGAUGAAUUGGAUAAAUUUUGGACUAGACACCAAGAUUAUUUUUCUAAUCGCGUCUUGGAGCCCAGAACGAAUAAUCAGCACUUAAAUGAAACCAACAGUACUCUAGACAAAACUAUCAGUAUAAUACGCACAUCAAUACCAAACUUACCUUUACAAGAAGUCAAUGAAAAUGAAAGAGUUAAUCGACUCUUUGUCACAGAAAACAUUGACAUUCACAAGAUUUUGGAUCAGACUUUUGAAGGAAAACAUGUAUUAAAGUGGUAUUAUCAUAAUCGCAGUCUCAAUGUAACAAAAAGAAAAAAACUAGUGCAUCUUGUCAUGUGUGCAGUCCUUAGAUUAUGCAACAGAAAAUUGGAAGAGCCUGAUUUUAUGAUUCUCAGAAGAAAAAUUGUUGAAGUUUUUCCUAACGAAUUGGCCACCAUAUACUGCACCUUCUGUUGCAAAAAAAAUGCUAUUAACAAUAAAGGACAGAAAGCUUUAGGAAAGAUUUUAAAUAAAUACAUCAAUCUCAGGAGGUUACCUAUUGGAAUAUAUCAGCCUGAAGCCAGUGUACAACAAAAUUAUGAAAAUAGUGAUGAGGAUGAACCUUCUGAUUAUGUUCAGCACAGUUUAAACUGGCUUCGCAAUUUUGAAGAGCCAUGGGACGAUGCAAAAGAACAUUGGAGUAAUACUUAUAAGUAUAGACAUCCAACAAAUGAAGAAGCACCAAAGAAACGUGUGAACAGCACUUUUGAUAUAUAUUCCAUAUUGAAAACUCCAAAAGGUUAUGAGUUAUGGGAAAUUGAUUUUAAACUUAGUGGUAUAUGCCCAAUUGACAAUGCAAUAGAAAAUUUCAGCGAUUUUGUCUCAAAGAUUUCACAAUAUAGACCUUUACCAAAUGAUGAUAUAAGUGUUAUAUUGAAAGAGGGGUUAGAAAAAGAAAACUUGAAACAAGAUUCAAGAACUUUCAUUCAACUUUUACAAUUAUCCUUAAUGUUUACUCCAACUGCUAGAAUAUCACAAGGUAAAAGAAAAUACUGGAAGCCGUCUUGCUUGGAAAGUUUCGAAGGCAUUUCACCCACGUUAAGGGUUAUGGUGAUAUUCAGAGAACUAAAGAAGAUAGGCGUAUUUUUGCUUCCAGUAAAAAUAUCACUUUGCAGCCUUACGUGAUUGCAGUAGGUGAAAAUGACUAUGAAGUGGAGUCAUCUUAUUUAAUUGUCGAUGAUAA